CUACGUAUAGAUCUCGGAGCCCUUCAAGUUUUCCGCGAGAGAACAGCUGUUUGUCUGAUUCAAUACCGGAGGUAAAUCAAAAGUGGGAGAUAGAAUCGACAAGUGUCCCACCCCUGGCCAAGAGCCCUCAGACGAACAAUAGCUUCAUCAGACCAGAGGAACAGUCCCAACCCACGAUAGCAAGCAACAAUAUAGGUGCAAAUAAACUUCGCGAAUACAAAGUAUCUUAGCCGCCACGCGUGGAUGACUGCACAGCUUCCUUCAUAAGCAGACAUCACUUCUCUACCACAAUGACCGCCUCAUCUCUCCCAGCAGAUUACCUCGAAAGAGUCUAUGCUGGCGUCCUAGGCAAAUUAAUAGGGGUCUAUAUCGGACGACCGUUCGAAGGAUGGACACAUCAACGGAUCGUAAAGCAACUAGGUCACAUCCACCACUACGUCCACGAGAAAUUCGACGCACCACUCGUCGUGACCGACGAUGAUGUCUCCGGUACUUUCGUCUUCGUCCGAGCGCUGGAAGAACAUGGCCUCGAUCUCUCUUCUAAAGACAUUGGCAAGACGUGGCUCAAUAAUAUUAUUGAGAAGAAAUCGAUCUUGUGGUGGGGUGGAAAUGGAGUCUCAACUGAACAUACGGCAUUUCUUAAUUUGAAGCAUGGGAUUAAGGCACCAGCAAGUGGGUCCAUCAAAACAAAUGGCAAAGCCAUUGCCGAGCAGAUUGGAGCUCAGAUCUUCAUUGAUGGGUGGGCUAUGGUAGCUCCUGGUAAUCCAUCACUGGCAGCAAAGCUAGCUGAAGCAGCAGGAUCUGUGAGCCAUGAUGGAGAUUCCGUUCAUGCUGCAAAGUUAUGGGCGGCGAUGGAGGCAGAAGCCUUCGUAUCCAAAGACGUCGACCAUCUCUUGGAUGUAGGACUGAAAUAUGUCCCAGCUGGCUCCCUUCUCACCAAGUUGGUGGCUGAUAUCCGAGGCUGGGUAAAGACCGACCAGGACUGGGAGAAGACUCGGCAACGCAUCGAGGAUAGCUAUGGUUAUGACAAAUUCCCGGGAGUUUGUCACAUCAUACCGAAUCAUGGUAUUAUGAUCAUGGCACUCCUAUAUGCUGGUCAUGACUUCCAUAGCGCGAUGCAUGUCAUUAACACUUGUGGUUGGGAUACGGACUGUAACUCAGGUAACAUUGGAUGUUUGGUGGCGAUCAUGAAUGGAUUGUCUACCUUCGAAAAUGGACCUGACUGGCGUGGACCGUUGGCGGAUCGAGCCUUGAUAUCCAGUGCUGAUGGGGGAUACUCUAUCAACGAUGCAGCAAGGAUAACUUUCGAUUUGGUGAAUACUGGACGGAAGAUUGCGGGUGAGCAGCCUUUACCUGCGCCAAAGGACGGGGCACAAUUCCAUUUCUCUCUUCCUGGAAGCGUGCAAGGCUUUGUGGCAACCAGGUACGAGCUUUCGCCUAAUCGCGUCAAGAUUGAGCAAGUCACAGACGACCAGAAUCGCUCGGGUCUUGCAAUUCAUCUCAAUGGCUGGACCAAUCCAGCUGAACCUGUCGAAGUACUUACUCAAGUCUUCACACCGCCCGAGAUUGUGAAAAUGAAGACAUACGAUCUCAUGGCAUCACCGUUGAUCUCUCCCGGACAGACAGUAACCGCAGUGCUCUCCGCAGACACUUCGAACAGCGAAUCUGUCUCAGUAAAUCUGAGAUUGAAACAUUACAAUCCAGCAGAUACUUUAUCCAUCUUCGAUGGCCCCUCGACCACUCUCUCACCCGGCCAACAACAGACCCUGACCUGGAAAAUCCCCGACUCAUUCGACAGUCAACCAAUUCAAAAGGUCGGGCUAGCUCUCUCCUGCCCCAUAGGCCAUCUCACCGGGACCGUACGUCUCUACUCGCUCUCCUACAGCGGUUCACCACACAUGACACUCAAACGUCCUGCCGGCGCACAAUAUGACCCCUUCCAGCCCAACGGCGCCGACAAACCUUGCAGUUUCUGGAGACGAGUAUGGAUCGAUAGCCUGAGUACAUUCCACACCAAAUUCUUCACUUCAUCAUUCUUCCUAGCUCAGGAUCGAGGAGAGGGGAACCUGAUUACCGGGACAAGGGAUUGGAUCGAUUAUACGGUUUCGGUGCCGAGUUUUAAAAUCAAUCUUGGGAGUGCGGGGUUAUGUGUGAGGGUGCAGGGGCUGAAUAGAUAUUAUGCCCUUGUUUUUGGCUCCGGAAGGAAGACUGUAGCGUUGGUGAAGGCGAGGGACGAAUCUAGGAUUGAGUUAACAAACGCGAGUUAUGAGUGGGAAUUAGAUACUGCUUACCAUGUGACGGUGCGUGUUGAAGGCAGUAAGAUUGUUGGGUCUAUCGCAGGGAAGAAGGUUCUUGAGGCUGAUGAUAGCGAGUAUACUGGUGGUGGAAUUGGUGCGGUUAUUGUUGAUGGGAGUUUGGCUAUAGAUCAGUUCGAUAUUGCCCCUGUAUGAUUGGGAGAGGAUUCACAAAGAAGUAAGAAAGGGGGAGCAGAAAUUGCGGUUGACUAUAAAGUCAAGGCCAAGCAAGGCUUGAUCCGCUUACCGGUGGAAGAGAAAAUUGUUUGGGGGCAUGAAAAUCGUGAAUAGCCGAAUAGCACACACAACCUGCUCCCGUGUCUGAUUUCUGCUGUUGAUACAGAAUAUCAGCACCAACUUGCAGGCACAGCUGGAUCUUCCCCUUGUAUACUCCAUAUUGAAGACUUCUCCGGGCAUUGUAGACGUGGCAGACUGCCCGCAUAUGAAAGAAGAGGG